UACAAAUGUUACAUUGAUCUGCAAUAAUCAGAUCAAUUGUAGAAGGUUUCCUUGCCAAUUCAUCUGAGGGUAUCGUUCAUUGAACAGACUUGUUUGCAAGCAAAUUACUCUAAUUUAAGCAUCGUAUGUCCGUAUGACAAUUUAUUGUACUAUGGCCGAAGCCAUGGUAAUGACGAUAUUGUGUUAGGUUCACUGUGCCGCGGUGUUUAUAAUUUUACUGCCGUACUGAGAUUUUCACUUUCACUUCCGGAAGGAACGAAGAAAGUUACAAAAUGCUUUGAAAUUGCAGGCAUAGAUUGUUGUUGGUUUUCCAGAGUGGCAAGCAUCCAUUUUAGGGAUUGUUGUUCCUUAUUUAGUUAUCAUAUGCAUACCAAAAAAUAAUAAAAACAGUCAUGUACGCUCAGAAGAAAUCGGUUACGUAUAACCAAAACCCUAGAUGACUAGAAAAAGGCUUAAUGCUUUUCUUAUAUGCACUAGUAAUAGUGAAUAUUUUCUAUUUAGUGAUUUGAGUGAGAAGUCUUGAUAUUCACAAAAAAAAUCAUAAAAUGUAUAAGAUAAUUUAAAGGGUUCUUGGUUCUUGUACUCAUCUUUAAACGUGAUGGCUGAACCGAUUGUCACAAACUUAGAUUCAAAUGAAAGGUCUUACGAUCCCAUAGCUUGCUAUUGAAUUUCAUUUUGAUCCGAUUUCCGGUUCCAGAGUUAUAGGGUAAUAUGUGAAAAUGAAGGAAAAAAUGUGCACUCAAUUUUCUCGGAAACGGUUUUACCGAUUUCCAUAAACUAAGAUUCAAAGGAAAGGACUUCUUUCUAGAACAUUUUAUCUUGAUGGAAAAUGUUCAAUUUAAUGAGCGCUUUUUCACAAAAGUUUGUCAAAAACAGAUACAAAUCCCAUAAAACUGACUGAUUAAUUGUUGGUAUAUAAACAUAUUGCGGCACUGCUGGUCUUCCGUUUCCUGUUCCGGAAUCACCGAAAGUACUCAAGAAAAACUCCAAAAGUAGAACUCACUUCGAUUUAUCAGCGAUGCUUAAACAGAUUUUAACAGAUCUUGAUUUGAAAUUAAGCUCUCAUUGUCUCCAAAGCUACUGAAAAAUUUCAUCCUGAUUCGACAUCCGGUUCUACAAUUACAGGGUGUGUCAAAACUUUCGAACCGUCAUCUGAACUGAUGAUACAAAACUUGUACGUACUGGUACGGAAGAAGAAAACACAACACAACUUUACGAACGAUACACACAGUGCGAUUUGAUUAAUUUCAUAUACUCUAUAAAGAAAACGAAAACCAACACCAAAGCUUGGGUUUGAAAACACAACCGAGUCCAUCAGCACCGUGAACACAUGACCAGGAUUUUUCAAAUUUUUCAACCAGAAUCACGGUGCGGUUACGAAUGUCUGCUACUGGUGUGUGAUUGUGGUAAAACACGGUACUGCGGUUGAGGAAAAUCUUAGUUAUUUUACGAUAAGUGCGACCGAAAGAAUAGAAGAAUGUCUAUGAAUUGAUUCUUCGAAGUCUUUUCUCGAAGAUAAAAUCAAAUAGAAGAUUUUAGGAUGCCAUAAAAAAUUUCAGAAUUUCAAAUUCACCCGACUUCCGGUUUUGGCAUUACAGGGUGACUAGUGUAAAAAAAUGAUUUUCCGAUUACUUACUAACUAUCCUCAGAUAAAUCGUGACAAAUUUUCACAAAUUUAGGUCUUAUGGUCCCAUACAAAACUUUAGAAUUUCUUUCGCAUAAGACUUUCGGUACCGGAAUUAUAGAGUGAAGAGUGUGGUCAAAAUUUUAUAUCAUUUAAUGGGGCGAAACAAUUUUUUUUUCUUACCUGGGUUCAUAACUAUCCUAAUCGUUGGUCAUUGUUAGUAGACGACCUAUCAAAUGAACUCCGGUUAUCCUGGUUUUCGAUUUCUGAUUCCGGAAGCACCGAAAAUAGUGUUCAAAUUCGUAAAAAUGGUAUUCAGUCUCUGAUCUCGUCAAGCUGAGUCGAUGGGUAUAUAAUACUAGGGGUCUCCGUGGUUUCUGAUCAAAAGUCGGUUUUCCAGUAUUUCUAUAUUCUUUCUAUAAAGAAAGGCAAACGUACCCUAAAACAGUACUUUAACACAAACACCCUCUUGUUUAUAUUUUGUAAAUAUUUCAAAUGAUACACUCGCUCUGCUGCUUUAUCACACUGAUUCGCGUCAUAUAAAUCAAUUGAAAAAAUCUGAAAAAAAAUGAGCGGGCACCUCAGCACAGCUGCUUAUCGGACUUAACUUUACAUUUGUUGGUUUGUCUGUGAAAGCAAUGUCCCCUAAAUGAAUUUAUUCGAAACUCCUCACACUAUUCUCGUGUCGUGAUGGACAGUAACAGUUCAUCAAAACUCCCUAUCAAUAGCAUCGCUACAUUUUAUGGCGUGUCCGAUUCCAUCCAACCGAAAGAUUAAUUAGUUAUAGUGGCUUACAUUUGGUAAACGCAUCACCUACAGUCAUUGUAUUCUGUUAUGGCUUAGAGAACACAGUUCAUCAAAACUGACCAGCCGAAUCUCGUUCCUAGUUAACUGGAAUCGCUGGUCAGAGACAGGACCAUGCGAAGUAAUUGACGAUAAUGUCGGUGGGGUUGAAGCACCGCGGCAUGAAUGGGAGAGUAAAUUUAGCAUGUUCGCCCCAUUCGGUUCAAAUUGGAUGGAAUUGUUAGGGUAAAAAAGGGUUGAAGCUAUUCUUAGUUAGUAGGUCAGUUUGUAGACGCAACUCUUGAAGUCACCUUUACACAGUUUCCAGUUUGCUGAAAGUUGUGUCUAUGAAGCGUUCUAAGUCUGUAAUCGGAUCGAGUUUGGAUGAGGGCCAGCAUUUUAUCACGAAUGUAUCGAUCGGUCUCUUCCCUACUCAUGCAUAUUUCUAUCACUUCAGGUCAAGGCGAUUCCAUCACCAAUAGAGAUUUGACACCUUUUUUCUAGCGGGUAGUUAACUCAUUCGAUGCAAACCUAAAGCCAAGUGAACUGAUAAAAUUUGACACUUGUUCAUCCUUAUCUGUUGUUUGCACACCCACAAUUUGAUUGUUUCUAUAUCGGCUAUUUACAUGGUAGCAAAUGUGUCAGCCCGGUUGUGUUCAUUUUUCUUCAUUCCUUUUCAGUCUCAUUUGAUCUUGUCAUACUACGCUCAAAACUUCGUAUCUUCAUCACAAAGUUAUGCAUAUAAUUUCAAAUGAAGAAUGUCUCGAGUUCAGGUAUUGUACGAUUUUGCUGGAGAGCCCAAUUCAGCCGAGAUUUCCAUUACUGUUGGUGAAAUUCUGACAGUGACCAGCACGGAGGUGGGAGAGGGUUGGUGGGAAGGAACUAAUUCUCGCGGACAGCGGGGACUAUUUCCGGCAGCGUACGUGGAAGCGUUGCCAAACAAUGCUGGACCACCAAAGAUGCCACCACCACCUCUGAUUACGCCAACGGCGAAGCAACAGCAGCAGCCACAGCAGGGAGCCAGAUACGAUCAAGCAGCGGAUGAUUGGGGAGAGCAGCAGGACGAUUGGGAAGACGACUGGGACGACGAUAACGACACUUAUUCGGAGAUUGGACCAUCCAGUGGUGGUCAUGCAGGUGGAGCAAAUAAUAACCAGUAUCAGAAUGGUAAUUUCCAAAGCAGUAAUUAUUACGCGAAUGCCAACUUACCUGCCCUACCUGCGGGAAGCAACGAUGGAGAUUCGGUGUCUCUUGCCUCAACGGUCGUAGGUGGAACUAGAAGAACAACUUCGUCUACGAAAAUUUUCAAGAGUGGAGAUACAUACUUGAUGGGGCUGAGCGUUCCUGCAGUUUCUGAAAGUGAUCGUGUGCAGAUUUUGCAGUCGGAUAGUGGCAUUAUUUGGAAACCAAUACGGGACGGCUACACAGUUACGGUUGAUUCGCCAAAGAAAGAGAAAAAGUUUAAUGGCCUUAAAAGUUUUAUCGCUUAUCAGUUGACGCCUUCGUUUAACAACAUUGCGGUAUCCCGUCGUUAUAAACAUUUUGAUUGGCUUCACGAAAGGUUGGUGGAAAAGUUUUGUCUCAUACCAAUCCCACCACUACCAGAUAAACAGAUCUCUGGUAGGUAUGACGAAGAGUUUGUGGAGCACCGUCGAGUCCAACUGCAGGAAUUCGUGGACUGGAUGUGUCGGCAUCCCGUACUUUCCACCUGUGCAGUUUGGAUGCACUUUCUAACCUGCACCGAUGAGAAAAAGUGGAAAGUUGGUAAACGAACCGCCGAGAAAGAUCCAUUGGUGGGAACCACAUUUUGUGCUGCUAUUUUUCCACCUGAUAAAACCCUUCUUCACUCUCAAGUAGAGCCACAGGUUGAUUCAUGUGUUCUUUUCGUGCCGCAGAUGAACAUAGCAGUGAAAACGUUAGCCCAAAUAUGCACCGAUGAAACAAAAAAGUUCCAGACCCAAUGGAAACAAGAUUAUCAACGGAUUGGCGAGGGUCUUUCGGAAUUAGCACGCUCAUUGGACAUCGAUGAACGACGACAGGUUACUCAGGUUAGUUUAUCCAACUCGGUAGGAAAAGCGGCGGGAAUUUUUAUCAGUAUCGGGCAGAUGUUCGCCGAUCAACCAAAGCACGAUUUCAUUCCGUUCUCCGAUCGGCUACACAUUUAUCGUGGUCUGCUGAACAGUUUCCCCGAUUCGCUAAACGAGUACAAAAAUGCAGUUCAGAAACGAAAAGAUUGCGAGAAGCUAACAUCCGAACAGAAGAUGGAGAACAGUCAGUUGGCGGAGGUGAAUCGACGAGUGGACGUGAUGUCCUAUGCGAUGCUGGCGGAAAUGGCGCACUUCCGACAGGAGCGUGAUACUCAUCUAAAGGAAACAAUUCGAAACUUCAUCGGUGGACAGAUUGAAUUCUACAAAAAUAUUGUGCAUCGAUUAGAACAGGCACAGUCGCACUUUUGAGCUUGACAAGAUCAUUUCUAUCACUAGUUAGUUAUGGUUUUCUACUUGCUGCGCUUCCAUAUGGUUACUUUUUAUCUUUUAAAUCAAAAGAAAAGCUUUAUUUUCCCCCUAUAAAUCAUGUAAUGUUUGUGAACAAACAGAAAAGCAAGCUUCGAGAAGUUUUAUUGUAAUUGGUUCAUUUGGAUUCUAAGGUAAGUUUACCAGUAUUUUGAUCCGGCUGUACGGUGGUUGACGUAUCGAUAGUACUUUUGUGAUCUUACUGCAAUAAACAAGUAAAAGAGACUGUAUCAAUAUAUGCUUGUCAGUUGUUUCGGAGUUCAACAAUAAGUGCCUUUUCCAUUUGUUGAAAAAUAUUCCAAGGGCUUUCUAAUAUCAUGUAUCUUGCCAACAAUAUUGCAAUGGCGUAAAACAAUAAGCUGUGACUUAAUAAAUAAACAUUUGGCAUACAUUCAAUUCCGGCAUUCGCUGAUGUAUUGGUAAGGUCCAAUUGCUUACUAAACAUAAACUCGAACAUCUCAAUUGCCCUGACACAUUUUUUUAAAUUAGAGUGUAAAUUGUCAAAUGAUUUGCUAUAUUUGAAACAAUCAUUUAUCAUCGUGAAAUUAUUUACUCAGAAAUAGAAUUAAUUUGAAAAAGAGAAUUUUUUCAUCAAAAAAUACUUAGUUUCUAUGAAAUAGAAAUUUGUAAACACGUUCACUAAUUUGUACUAAUUAUACUCCGGAACAAUAAUAAGGCAUCACGACAGCAAACACAACUCCGGUUGGAAAACUAUUGCAACCCUUGUAAUUAUGAAUUAAAAUUUUCAUAUUUCUAUAUGAAAAUUCGCAAUUAUUUCUUUUUUUAAACGUUAGGACUGUACUCGAAGAAAAUGCAACAAAAAUUCAUUUUAUGUCUCAGGGAACAAAUAAACACAUAUUAGUUUUGUUUUUCUAAGUUGGUUUAUUCAACCUCCUCUCCUAGGGUAAAUUUCCGUACCUUCGACUUAACACUAGUCAUCAAAUUCUGUGCAACACUUGAGCCAUUUUUCUUCCACACUUUCAUCAUCUCGUUCUUCAAAUCCUUGUCGUUUUUUAAGACCUUCCCUAGUAUUUUCCCGGAAGAUGUUUGUUGAAGCUCUGACGACGUUGGCUUUGCACCACUGGAUCACCGGUUGCGUGUAACGGCACAAAACAGAUGUUGGACCGUGGGAAGGCACUUCUGAAGUCGGUCGUUAUGUAUGGCUUGUUGAGUUUGUCACUCUCACUCCAAGUAUUUCUUGGCAAAUUAUACAACCUUCAUCUUCCGGAACUUCUUCGGAACAUCCUGAUGGGACUUGCCGAGUUCAAAGUACGUCUCGUCGUCCAUUACGAUGCAUUACUUCUGAAAUGGUUGGUGCAGCGGUAACGAAAUUCAAACGUUCAUUCUCGACCGGGCCAGGUCUUACACUAGUAGCAGUCUACAGCCAUUGUGCAACUGUUUUAGCCGUUCCUUUCUGCAUAAUAUUCAACAAAUCAUUUGAGGGAGGAAUCUUCCCGAUGAUUUGGAAGCAGUCUUAUAUGUUUCCCGUGUACAACAGCGGUGAUCGUAACAAUGUAAUGAACUACAGUGGUAUAACAAAUUUGUCUGCUGCUUCUAAGCUCUUCGAAAUAAUAGUGAGUAAUGAAUUGUUCUCUUCUACAAAAUAUAACAUCUCAGUUGAUCAUGUAUUUUUUUCUGAAUUUCUCCUCGACCUGUAUUUCGCGUUUGGAGGAAAAAGUACAAAUUGAUGCCGUAUAUACUGAUCUAAAAGCGGCGUUCGACCGAAUUGAUCACCGAAUUCAUUUAUGCAAGAUAUCGCGUCUGGGCGCAACACAAAAGCUCAUUGGCAAGCUACGCUCUUACCUGUGGUGGAGUGGUGGAGUCUUACGAGUAAAGCUUGAUUCCUGUAUGUCAUCCUUGUGCUCGAACAUAUUAGAUGUACUACAAAGCAGCAAUAUAGGUCCACUUAUGUUCUCGCUGUUUUUCAAUGACGCUAUUUUGCUGCUCGGUAGUGGCUGCAAAUUAGUUUACACUGACGAUUUGAAACUUUAUCUUGAGGUACGCUCUAUUGCGUCUUCAAAAGCUUCUGGAUGAAUUCGUUCCCUGUUGUUGAAGAAACUGGAUUUGCCGUCAGCAUAGCAAAAUGUCAGGUCAUAACAUUUCUCCGAAUAUUGAAUCCAUUACAUUUAGACUAUAAAUUUGACGGACAAACGCUUCAAAGAGUUGUUCGUGUUAAUGACAUUGGUGUUAUGUUGGAUUCCAAACUCAAUUUUAGUUUGCAUCGUUCUACUUGAAAAUGCUGGUAUAGAUUAGAGUCCAUAUCAGCAAGCUUGGAGUUUACGAAUUGAAUGCGUGCAGAAAAGAUUAUUUCGACUCGCUCUUAGAAACCUUCCCUGGUAAAAUCCGCUAGAUCUUCCACCGUAACCCGAUCGCUGCCGUCUAAUUGGUCUGGACACACUGGAACGGAAAAAUUCAGCAAUUAAUUAUUGUUGCGAAAAUAUUAAACGGCGAUAUUGGUUCUCCCAGUGGCGUAUUGAGGAAAUUUGGCGCCCGGAGCAAAAUAAGAGAUUUGCCGCCCCCAUCGUUGGUUUAGUGAAAAAAAAACGCCACUGGGUUCUCCGGAGCCUUUAUCAAGUCUUGAUAUUCGUGCAUCACAACGAUUACUACGUUUAACCAGUUCUAUGAACCGAUAACAGCAUGCAUCAGAACAUUUGGCAGUGUUGGUGAUUGCCGAAAAUUUGACAGAAGCUGCUAUAUUGCUAUGUAUAUUGUAUACAACAUUUUCAAUCCGGUAGAAGAUGCUACAAGAACUCGAGUCUCUCAAUGCAUGAACCUUGAGAGAAUUUUGCUAUAUUUCUUCGCUCCACUUCAUACUCUGAGUAUUUCACGCCCUUAAAAAUAUUUACAGUCUGAUAAUGAUCGUUGCUGUGUGGAAUUUCCCAAGAGAGAAUCGCAAGCUGACAAUUAUCGCAAAAAAUCGAAUCGAUGAUUCAACUUGAUGAUUCUCAUACUAGGUUGCAAUAUUUCAAAACCCUUGUGUGGAGCAUUCACAGACAUUUUCAUAGACACAACUUAUACAAAGGUUAAAUGCAAGUCAAUUCCCAGUGCUGCUAAUAGAGCGAGAACCCAGUGCAUGAAGCACAUUCUCGAGCGAGUGCUAGAUGUACUCUAUCUUACUCGCACUCCUCCGCGCACGCUUAUGAGUCACUCAAAAAAGGUGCAUUUUAAACAUGAGAGAUGUUUUUCUUGGGUACGAUGAGUGAGAGUCAGUAGGAGUAAACACUUACUGCUAGUUGGUUACUGCUCCGAGUCAGCUCGCUCUAUUUCAGAUCAUGUCCGUACUCACUCAAAGAGGAAGCACUCCUUCAGUACGUUAGCAGUGUGGUGCACAGGUUAGUUUUCAUUUUAGUAAAUCGAAGUGUAUAGUAGCAUCAUGAUAGCCGCACGAGUAUGGCUGAUCCUUCGAAAAUAUAUAAAAGACCGCUACCAUGUGGGGAUGCAUAGAGCAUUCCCCAAUUACCACUUCACAUAUGAUAAUGACAAAAAUUAUCAACUUUCGAUAUGCAUUGUAGAAUUGAUUGGGAAUUACUGGAAUCGGCCGUAAUAAUUGAAAGAGAAAGUAAACAAAGAGAACAACUGUAAUUUGCUCUUGAGACCUUUCCUAAUGUUCAUCAAGUAAUGUUUUCUUCUGUAUGAUAGUAAUACAUGCUAAAAAAAGUCCUAAUGCAUAACUUGUGCUGAAUCUGACAUGGGCAUAUGGUACCGUUGAAAACUUCCAUCUUAAAAAAUUGCCAAUUACGAAAGAAAGGAAUAAAUUUUAUUCCAGAUGAUCUAGUAGUGCGUGGGUGCAUUAAUCUAAUGCAAUAUUGACACCUUUUUGCGAAAAAUUUAAAGAACGCUCUAUUCUUGCCACCGGGCGGGUUUGAACGCUUGUUUGUGUUCGCUCUAGCCAAGUACUGCGCUCCUGUUACUUUUGUGUAUGAAAUUCAAGUGAAUAGUUUAAAUAUUUCUGAAACUGCUGUAUAAAACAUGCUUCGAGCUUGAUCAGAUUGCAUAUUAGGCAUUGGAUCAAAACCAAACACGGUAUGAGAGUACGAGUGGGAGCAGAAGUGUGACUAUCUAUGGGGAAUACCUUCAGUAAGAGUAUGCACGCCAAUGAGUUGGCCGACGAAAGAGUGAACGGUGGAAUAUGCACGAUAGGAGUGCUCGGUGUUUCAUCGUCACUCACAAAAAAGCACUGGGAAUCGAACCCAGGUGGGCUGCGUGAAAGGCAUCACGCUAUAUCAGUCCCCAGUAGAACUUUAUUUUUUGGCUUCGACGAAGUCCCAGGCUCGUGCAUGGAUUGGUAUGACGUGGACUAGCCGUUGUUGAAAUUCGGUCUCGACAAUCUCGCUUCGUCCCACAAGUGCACUGAAAGAGAGUGCGAUGAGAGAAAACCAUCAACAAAACACGCACAUAAUGUGGAAAUUCUUUAACGUGGGCCAAGAGUCGCGAAAGGCGAAGUGCAAUAUAUGUGUCAAGAAAUAUGCGUAUUCUGUUGGCAUAACAAAUUUAUGGAAAAACCUUUCUGUACAUCAUAAAAUAACGCCACAGUCGAAAAUUCUAUUUUAUUCGGAAAUGAUUGCUGCGCAAGUAUCAAUUGAUACUUACAGGUAUCGAUACUUUAUUGCCUUUUGAUACCUUGUAUCGAUACCCAAAAUUUCGGUAUCCCGAUACCCUAGGUAUCGAUACUUUGCCUUCCGAGUACCAUCCCUAUCGCGAAACGAGAAUAAGCGACCGUUUGUUGCUUCAUAGAGGAUCCCCACAGCAGCGUGCUAACCUUUGAUUCUCAGAAAUGUCAUCGAGAGAAAUUCGCUCUCGCACUAGUGUCGAUUCUAUGUUAAAUGAGCCAUGCCAGUUUUUUGUUGUUGCGAUGAUUUCCGUUUCUCUUUGAUGGCACUGAUUCAAUCGUUGAAGAGUUGCCAGUGAACGUUCUUUGAUACGAUAAAAGCCAUCCUUCACAUUUGGUACUGUUGAACAACUCUCCUAUUUCGGCGUACUUACACAUAAAUUUGUGCAGAAUGUUUUAUGAUCAACUAUUUUAUAACUUGACUACAUUAUAUUCAUUACGACCUUUUAUUGACGGAUGUAUUAGAGAGAAAUAAAUAAAUACAUUUUGGAUUCAACAACUCGCUGUACACCUUCCUGGUGUGGGAUUUGACCAUAAUAUCCUGUUUAUAGUUUCGGUUAGACCCUUCGUUACAUUAAACAUACGGCUCGCUUUAUUGUCUGUUUGAUGAACAAAACGGGCGAAUUGAACCUUUUGGCUUUCUCCUGAACCAAAAGGCACGGAUUGUGCCUGAAGAAACCCUUAUCUUCUCAGCGUUCGUAGGGUUGCAUUUUUUCGCUUUUGUUCCACUACCAGCUCGUCAUGAGAUCAUCUGGGUCCCGUUGAACUAUUUCAACACACGGGACACGGUCGAAUUGUCGAUUCGCAACUGUUCCAUGAUUCACCUGUGGGGCUAGCUAGUUUUUUGAGUAUAGUCUUUAUAACCAUAUGGUUCAUUUGGCUUUUGGUAUGCAUUGAGUACUUUGAUUGUAUUAAUAAAUAUUGCGAUAGUUACACACCAGGAGCCAACAAGAAGAGAGCCUAUUAUACAUAAAUAUUUUAAAAAAUAUAGCAUAUAUUUUUAUACAGAAUACAGAAAAACCGUUCAACGUGUAAAUCAUUCUAGCAGCUGCACGCUAUAAAAGUGUCAUUUCAGAAAUAUUUACAAUACACGCAAUGAAAGUGGAAAACACGUGGUUUAUGGAAAGUCUAUAUGCACAUUUUCGCUGCAAUGUCGGAAGCAGCUGGCAAGUGAAACAAAGAAAGUAGUUAAUUAUAAGGGAAAUAAACUCUGGUCUGCAUUUGGCCGAAACAUGCCACUUUACUAGCAGUUAUUGGAAACAAUAAUGGAACUAACCAAAUUAAGUACAGAUAAAAUUGUAGCUGUUUAUAUUUGCUAAGAGAACGUUUUAAAGUAUAAAACUAGUAUUUGUUUUAGGCUUAACUGAGACUAAAAUUGCAGAUACUGGUAGACUCGGUUGACAAAGGGAGGAAAUGUGUGAGCACAAUAAUAAGUCUAUAACUCAUUGUAA